AAGGACUGGUAUUUGCCUGUGUGAGUGUCUGGAAGCUUCAGGAAGAUGCUCUCUGGAAUUUAACUCUAAAACUGGGUGAGAAGCUCAUCACUCCACUGGCGGAAGGACAUUUACAUUAAAUGGACCAUAAUCUGUCACUAUUGCACAAACUUGACUGGACUUGAAGACUGAGGUGGGCUGCUUACGUUCAAAAUAGACGAUAACAUGCUGACUUUGCCUUUUGACGAGCCGAACUCCAACCAGACCAGCAGAACCUUCAGGACCAGCUGGGCCACCAACCAGCUGGUCAAAACGGUGAAGCCGGAGCCAGGCGGGGACACGACUGACACGACGCAUGAGGAGAGGGAUGGUGCAGACAAUGAGGAGGAGGAUGGAGUGGGAGGGGUGCCACUGAGACGAAGAGCCUCUCAUAAAUCGAAGCUGAGCCAGGACCGGCUGGACCGCGUUCGAGUGCGGCGCAUCGAGGCCAACACGCGGGAACGCAACCGGAUGCACGGUCUGAACAACGCGCUGGACAGCCUGAGGAAGGUGGUGCCCUGCUACUCCAAGACGCAGAAGCUGUCCAAGAUAGAGACGCUGCGCCUGGCCAGGAACUACAUCUGGGCCCUCGGGGAGAUCCUGAGCUCCGGCAGACGGCCGGACCUCCUCACGUUUGUCCAGACUCUCUGCAAGGGGCUCUCCCAGCCCACCACCAACCUGGUGGCCAGCUGUCUGCAGCUCAACGCCCGCAGCUUCGUCUCGGAGCCGGGCGGGGACUCGUUCCCCCUCUACCCGGCCUACCACCACCACGGAGCGGAGGGGCUGGGCUCCAGCAGCAGGUCCCUGCGGCCCUUCGGCUCCUUCUGCGGCCCCUACGAGGCUCUGCAGGACAGUCCCUCUCCACAGAGCCCCGGCCCGCUAGAGGCGAGGGGCUUGAGCCCACCAAUCAACUUUAACGGGAUUUUCUCCCUGAAACACGAGGACCCGGGGGACUACCGGAGCUGCCACCGCGGUCUCUGCUACCAGGGAGCCUCGGCACACCUCGGGCCCUACGACAUCCACCUCCGGGGCCAGUUCUACCAGGUGCAGGAGGAAUUAAACAAACCUUUCCAUAAUUGAUGCAGCCUAGUCUUUUAUAUGUGUGUGAUUGUGUGUGUGUGUUCUCGUACUUCCUACAUAGUGAGGACCAGAACACGUUUUUAACCAACAGAGUGAGGACAAUAAAUACUAAACUAAAACUAGCAAACUCACUCUAAAAACUCAUUAAAACUAACUGAAUUUGAAAACAAAAAUUCACAACAAUAUUAGAACUAAAACUAAUGAAAAAUCCCAAACUAUUAUAACCUUGCAAGGGAAUUCACUGUUCCAAUGAGGGUCCUCACAAAGAUAGAAGUACAAGAAUGUGUGUGUGUGUGUAU